UGCUUUCCUUCCUUCAUUUGUGCAGCCUAGAAUCACUGUCCCCGUCUGCAUUUUAGACACUAAAGUCGGGGACAUUGCUCUCUGUGCAGCCAGCUCUGGGAAUGUGUACCCAGAAGUCUAAGUGGAGCAGGAGGCAGGCACCAUGAAUAAUGGAGCUGGGGGUGGGACUCCUGAAUGAUGCAUCACAAAGGGGUGGGCCUGCUUAUGUAACUGGGACAGAGGGGUCUGGCAGCUGGGGAGCCUCUGGCGGGAUGGGAGUAGCAGGCAGCCGACGGUCCCCUCCCCACAAGCAGGGUGACAGCAUCCUCCCCAUCCAGGGCCCCUGGGUUGGGGGCUGGAAGAGACUCUUGUCAGGUGUGGGGACCACCAUAACAGCCCUGGACCAGCUGUGGAGACAGCAGAAUCCCCAGUGCCCCCAUCCAGGGCCCCUGGAGCCAGCCCUGCAGACCGUAGAGAAGUCCCUGACCGAAUGGCCAGUGCCGAAGUUCGUUGCUCUCUUCUUGCCUGAGUUUCCCAUCCAGCCCCCGCAGGGGCAGCAGCAACUGAAGGUUCUAGGUUUUAUAGCCAAAGGCUCCUUUGGAACUGUCCUCAAGGUGCUCCAUUGUGGCCUGGGAACCUUGCUGGCUGUGAAGGUGGUCCCCAAGGUCGAAGUCCUUCAGCAAGACAGCUUGAGGCAGUGCAAGGAGGAGGUCAGCAUUCAGCGCCAGAUCCACCACCCAUUUGUGAGUGGCUUGGGAGGCAGCUGGCAGGGACAGCGGCACCUUUUCACUAUGUACAACUACUACAGCACAGACCUAUACUCUCUCUGGGCCACUGUUGGCUGCUUUGCUGAGUCUUCCGUCCGCCUCUUUGGUGCUGAGCUGGCCCUGGGCAUAGGCUACCUACAUGACUUGGGCAUUGUGCAUCGAGAUCUCAAGAUGGAGAAUAUUUUACUAGAUGAAAGAGGCCACCUAAAGCUCACAGACUUUGGCCUAUCCCGACACCUAUCCCAAGGAGGGCGAGCUUAUACUAUCUGCGGGACUCUCCAGUACAUGGCCCCAGAAGUCCUGCGUGGCGGGCCCUACAACCACGUGGCUGACUGGUGGUCGCUGGGCAUCUUGCUUUUUGCCCUGGCAGCUGGAAAGUUCCCCUUGCAGGCUGAGAAAGAUCAUGUGGCCAUGUUGACGCGGGUGACUCAUUGUGCCUAUGAGGUCCCUGCCUCUCUUAGCCAGGGGCUCUCUCUUCUGCUCCAGGAGCUCCUGUGCCACAACCCGCUCCAGCGCCUCCGCUACCUGUAUCACUUCCAGGCCCAUCCCUUCUUUCGGGGCAUGGCCUUUGACCCUGAGCUCCUGCAGAAGCAGCCGGUAGCCUUUGUCCUGGAGGCGAGAGCCGCCCUGCCUGCCCCGGAGGACACGGUGCUGUUCCAGGAUUUUGACUGUGAUUUGAUGUCUCUCCCAGCCCACCCCUGUCCUGCCUGAGCUCCCCACCUCACCUCCCAGCUGGACUCUCGCUGGGAAUCUCAGGAUCUUCUCCACUGCCAACUCAGGGAGACCUCCCCAAAGCACCAAGCUGUCUGUGGCCCACAUACUUGUCCCUCGUUCUUCGGAGCGAGAUUUCCUCCCCUUUUGUAACUUAAUCGUUUCGUAAAGGAAACCGAUCCUACGGGCUCGGAGCCCUGAGAAGGGCCAAAGUCCCAAUCCUGGGCAGCCUGCCUCGAGCCUCUCUGACUGCCUGCUGCUACCUCUUCUCUCCCCUCGAUAGGCCUGAGCAGGGCCUCCUCCCCUUUUCCACAUCACCCUCAGGCUCUGAGCCAGGCUCCAGCCACUUUUUCCUUCCUGAUUUCUGUGCCGGAUUUCCUUUCUCCAGCAAUUCCGAGCUUCUCUGCAGACACGGUUAGCCAGCCCAUCCUUUUGGGAAGCAGUACGGAUCCGAAGCACCUUUGCCCCAACCAGUUCCAUUUUAAAUUGCGACCUGAGGAUUCAAGCCCUGAUUGUGUAAUAUGUUAAAUAAAGAAAUAAAAUCGA